AUGGAUACGCUUCGCUUACGAUUGGAAUCGCUCUCACUUAAAGAGCUCAAAGAGGAGCUGAAAAAAAAUAAUCUUCCCGAGGAAUCUACCAAAAGGAAAUGUAUGGAUGCGAUCCUGUCACAUUUUGAGAAGCAUCAAGAAUCAUCGCAGUUUAGUGACAAGGCAGAAUGGAAAAGUGCGCAAGGAGAAGAGGAUUACGUUUCGCAGGCUGGUGCAGUCCCCUCAGGCGUACAAGUGCCUGAUGUAGUGCUUCGUCACUUGAUGCAACAGAUAGCGUUCCUGUCGGAGCGAGUUGCGCUUUUAUCGUCGGCAAAACCCGGAGUCGCAGCCACUGAAGUGACAUCCUUACCCGUUGUUGACGAAGUGCGCCGUUUUCAAUUUAUCUUGGCGUUGAAAUCGCAUGACGCAAUGAUGAUAACUAAAACUGUAACAGUACUGAGCACACUACUGUUACAGUUAUUCUUCUACAGUUUUGUGGGCGAUUAUCUGAAGUAUCAAAUGGAAGACGUCGCGCAUUCGAUUUACAGCUGCAAUUGGUACUACUUGCCAAAGAAAUUUAUGAAGAAUGUUUCGUUUGUCAUUAUGCAGUCGCAACAACCAGUGCAGUUCUUAGCGGGCAGAUUUAUUGUCUUAACUAUCGAGACGUAUAUGACCAUUUUGAAAAGCUCACUCUCAUAUUUGUCUGUUCUACGAGUGAUGGUGAACACGUAG